AUGGAGGACAUUGAAGAGAUUUCAGAUACCGGAGAAGGUCAUGUCACAUCUCCGAUUCAGAAAACCCCGCCGAAAAUGGGAUGGGCCGAAGCGGCGGCCGAACUCCCAAAGCCGAGAAAUCCGCGGGAUUUGCCGACGUUGGCAACUAAACCAGCAGCUCCGGCGGUCCCAAGCCCGAAGCAAUUGUUUUCGCCGCCUCCAGAAUUCGCUGAAGGCGAGGUAAGCCAAGUGUAAUGUUUUAGCCGGUGCUCGAAGUGCGACGCGCUAAUUUUCUUUAAAUUGUGCACAGGGUUUUCGCAUAGUACUCUGUUUAAUUCCUGGAAGUUUUGGCUUGCGCUUUGCAGGGAGAGCCGAUAUAUUCAACAAUCUUUUAAAGCGAGAGAGUGCGCAAAAUGCGGAGAGCCGUCAGAGAGAAAUUUUUUUUUAAUUUUGCAAACGCAUUGGUUCCAAUCCACAAGAUGACAUUUUAUACGAAAAAACCUUUGUUUAUUUACAGAUACAUUUUAUACGACCAAACGUGUUUCAUCGUAUAAAAUGGUAUCCCCGUUGAAUUUUGUGAGAAUGGCUUUUGAAAAUAAUAUCUCUGCCAAUUCUUUGGGAAAACAUAAAUUUUUUCGUGGAACUUUUGUGCGAAAAAUCUCGGUUGUCUCUCCAAAGCGCGAGUUAGGAAUCUCGCAUAUAUCAUAUGCAAAGCUUGUCUAAAUUUGUGCCAAGUUUCAAUAGAAUCUGAGCGUCGCACUUGGGGUAUUCCCCAAGAAAGAACCGCCCUUUUUUAGUCUUAUUUUGUAUUUUAGCGUUCUCCAGCCUUCAGUGAGCCUGCGGGAAUGGGAGCCACUUCCCAAUCGCCUUCCGGACUCUUGUCGCCCAGUUCCGAUCUCCAACAAAUGCACCAUUCAAAAAGGUAAAAUUUGCUGGCCGAAUUUUCAAGAAUGUGGCCAAAAAAAGAAAAAUUGGCCGUGUGAAAAAAAUAUGGUCAAAUGAUAAAAAAAUAUGGCCAAUUACGAAAAUUUGGCUAAAUUGCCAAAAAAUAUGACAAACUGUCAAAAAGUAUAGCCAAAUGAAAAAACUAUGGCCAGUAAUAAAAAAAUGUGGCCAAAAUUAUUAACAAAAUAUGGAGGACUUCCAAUUCGGUCACAUUUUGUAAGACUUAUUAUAGCCACAUCACACAUGACUUGGCCAAAAUUUCUUCGAUUUGGCCAUAAUUUAGAGCUUUAUCCACAGAGCUCAAAUUCUCAAAAAAUUUAGGUGAACCACCUAAAACAGCCUUCUACAGAUUGAUUUUAGUUUCGACUCCUCUUCGCUCUCCUCCCGCUCUUCAAAACGGACCACCCUGUCCGCCGAGAUGUCCUCAAUGAUCCGCCAACGGGUGCGCCAGCAAGCCAAGUCGAUUGUGGAGAGGAAACGGGGCUCCGUUCAACUGAAUAAGCGGCUAUUGAGGAGUCAAACUCUUCAAGGGUCGGAGAAGGAGAGCUUUCAGGACUAUCAGAGUGGCGAUAAAUUGAUCGAACAGGCUUUGAAGGUGAGGAAAUUAGGCGAAACUUGGCAAAACUUUUUGGGUUUAAUAUGUCAAGAUCAUAUCAAAACCGGGCUUGGAUUUAGAGUAAGAUUUUUUAGGAAAAAUACAAGAUUUUAAGAUCGCACUUAGCAGAAACUGUCGAGAUUUUAAGAUCGGAAAAUUGUUAAAAAAUUUUUUUUUAUUUUUUGAUCCGAAAAUUUUAGAAUUUGAUACAAGGAAGGAGUAAAAGAUUUUUUCGAAAAAUGAGCUUUUUCUCAGCAAAAUUCGCAAAGAUUUAGGCAAAAGAACUUUUUUUGUCUGGCCGACUCUCCGGAUUUUGCGUGCUCUCUCGAAAAAAGGUUGUUCAAUAUCUCAGCUGCUGGUCAAGACUGAGUGCUCACAUUUUCAGGGAUUGAUUUCUAUGACAUUUAGAGAAUUUAUGCAAAAUUUAGAAAAAAAUAUAGAGGUACCCCAAAAAAAAUUUUCAAAAAACACAAAAAACAAAAAAUUUGCAAAAUUCCAGAUGGGCGCAAAAUACGUGGCAAAAGGACAAUCAAUCUUGCCAGCGGAUUAUAUUCAGCGUGAAUUUUUCUUGCCCGAGCCGGUGACCCCACUGAAAGAUGAGAAAUCCUAUGGAAUUCCGACGAUUUAUAGCAAGCCACGGAGCACAGAGAAGGAUAGAGUGCAGUUUGGUGCAAUGCUGACCAUUUAUAAGCCGCUGCCAGGAAUGAGCAUCGAAGAUCCACUGUCCAGGUGAGGAUUUUCGUAUUUUCAUAAAGUGCGUAGACUUUUAUUCGCUGCGACAAAUCCACAUUAUUUUCCCGACAGACUGAUUUUAGAUUUUUUCAUAAAGUGCGUAGACUUUUUUUCUUGGCGCACCGUGCGUUUUGAACUUUUUCCCACGCUUGUCGCCGAUGCACAGUGCAAACGACAAAAAAGCCGUUUGCACUGUGCAAAUUCUGCAGCAGCGAUAUUUCAAUGCACAGUGCACGUCAAACUGAGAUAAGCUAAAACAGUCCGGUGAAUGGAUUGGCAAUUUGCCAAAAAAAGACGCGAAAAAACGUUUUGUCGGGGAAGAAAUGGGGAAUUUUUGGGGCGAGAGAGUACGCUUUUGCGUGUCUUUUUUCUCUCUUUCUCUGGAAAUCAAGACGAAAUGUAAAAAACCGAUAGCGAAGAGUCUAUUCCGGUCACCGGACUCCUCAGUUUGACGUGCAGUGCGAAAACAGGAAAAAAGGUGAAUUGCACGGUGCAAAAUGAAGGGAACCGGAAAGUAAAAAAACAUUUUGGGCGAUAUCUCCGUGAAUUUCGUUCUGAAGAAAAAUGAUUUUUUGUGGAAAUACUAUACGGUUUGUCUUCAAUGGACUAUGAUUUUUGCGAGAUCAAAAUCGAAAAAAAAAACAAUUUUUUUUGAAAUUUUAUCAUCAAAAAACCUCGGUAAAUCUUCAAAUUCAGAGUAAAAAAAAAGCAAAAAAUAUCUAAAAUACACUUCAGAAAGUUGUUAACAAAAUUUGAGGCAAUUUUCAUCAAAAUUCAAGAAAUUUUUUUUCCUCAAAGUAAAAAUUUUUUUUGCAAAAAUUAAAAAAAAAAAAUUUUUUUUUCAUUUUUCAGGAUGUACCCUCAAACCUUCAAAGCUCAGACUAGUCGCAAAUUCAACCUGAUCCUGCCACGGCACGGCGAUCGCUUCCAAUCGCCCGAGGGCGGGAUUCUCGGCCUCUCCAAGGAGAUCAUGACACGCAAAAUCCUGCGGCCAAAACGCGACGAGGACGAGGAUUUUGGGCUGAUCGAGUACACGAACCCGAUCCCCUGGGACGAUUGGGAGGCGUUCGGGCUGGCGCCCACGAAAUAUUAUCAACUGUGUGUUGACAUCAACAAGAUCGAGUUCGAUCAUCACUGGCUGUUCGGCGAGGAGGACGUGUUGGCGCGGCGUGUGCGGCGUCUGCAUUCGGAUUACGUGCACAUGACCGAGAACUUGGUCGAAUUGUGGAGGGAUGUGGUGGAGUUGCGGCGACGGCUGGAGUUUGAAAUUUUGGUCGAAGAGGAGAAACGGAGGUUGAACUUGGAGUUGGAGAGCAAAUUUGAGAGUAUUCAAAGGCUACGCAGCGACGUGCCGAGACUGGGCGAGCUCAUGGAGCGGUCAUACGAGGAGUUGAAGGAAUUCUGGGAGAAAACGGGAAGAAAUAGCAGCCAUUAUAGGCUGGUCAAGCUGGAUGAGGUGGGCAGGUGAGGAAAGCACUUAUACAUAUUGUCGGCGCUAAACCCCAAAUUUGCAUAAGUUCGCCAAUCCACUAUAAAAGACACAGAUCUCAUCAUUUUAUAAUCACUUUUUCCUCCUGUGUGUCCAAUAAAGACUCCUUCUCUUGGUCUCUCGUCUUCCUCAACCGGUCGAUCCUCAACUCCAAUUCUUCUCCUGGCCUGCCAGUUUUACAUAUACAAUUGAUCGCGUCUCGACUUUUCGCGUCGCGUCGACGACAGUUCGGGCCAACAUAAAAUCGACCGACACGGGGCAUAGUGGAGACUCAAAAAACGAUGAUUGGAAGUGCCUAUGAGGCCUGGCAAAGCCGUUGGAUGCUCGGCGGACGCUCGGCGAAGGCUCGGCGGACACUUGGCGAAGACUUGUAAAAGAGUGUUCAAAGUUCAACCCUCAGAUUUGCUUUUAAUUUUGACUAUAAAUAGAGUCUGGCUAAUAUAUCAAUUCCUGAAAAUCUUAGCUCGCGCUGCGCGGGCGCAGCUGAGAUAUUCAACGGUCUUUGCGGCCGAUAGAAUUAAACUUGGAGCGGUCAGAGAAAAAAAAAACUUUUUGGCCAUAUCUUUGCCAGUUUCGCGCGGAAAAAAAAUGAUUUUUUUGUGAGAACAUUGCCUUCUACGGUACAAAGAAGUAUCGCAACUUUUCAUGCCAAAAUUCGCAAAAAAAUCUUCGAAUUUUUACCACGCAUACGGUUAAAUUUCAAUUUUAAAAACAAUGAAUUUCAGCCCGGAAUACAAAAAUUUGGAGCUGCCAAUGUACGAACUACGACAUCAGCAUGUCAAGGUGAGCUGCUGAUGAAAUAUUGCUUGAAUUGCGUUCCAAAAUCUUUCAAGGUUUACUUUCCAGGACGGGCAGCCAUCCCAGCCCGCAACAUCUCGCCUAUUGCCCCGUCAAAUGUCGGUUCAAGACCAGCUGGCCAAGCAGGAUCAAGAGCGACGCCAGGCCAUGGAGAAGUGUCGCGUUCGCGUCGACCUCUACUUCAAUAAGAUCCUCGUCUGUCGCACUGAAGCCAAACUCCUGGAAAACGACUUUUCCGUCACUUUCGGCCAAGUCUACAACCUCCGAGUGCAUGAGCAGCCGGAUUCCGUUGAGUUGGUGGUUCAGGAAAAGUUUGGCGGCAAUGCGUGGCGCACCAUGGCCCAGGUUUUUGUCCCAUUCGAGUGGCACGAGGACAGCCCGCAGCGCGACUUGGAGGCCAUGGACUUCGCGUCCGACUGGGAGGUGGCGGGGUAGGGGAGGUGGGGCGAUUUUAAAAGCGCUGAUUGCAGUUUCAAAGGCAGCAUUGGUUGUGGUGACCCCCCAAAGAGCCCGCAUAUCAAUGGGAGGUUGUUUUGCAACGCCAUUUGGAUGGAGGAUGAGAAACCGUGGAAUUACGAUAAGAGCGCACAAGUAAGGAGUCAUCAGAAGAGCAUUUGGUUUUCUAGUCUCUGUUAAGGCUGAGAUGUUUGCAGGAGACAAGUUAUACGACGAAACAUGUUUGGGCGUAUAAAAUGUCUCAGCGUAAACCUUUUCUUGAGCUGAUACUUGACGUUGUUUGUUUAUGAAAACCUAGUUUUUUCGACUUGGAACACACUUACAGGCAACAUUUUAUACGAUGAAACAUGUUUGGGCGUAUAAAAUGUCUCAGCGUAAACCUUUUCUUGAGCUGAUACUUGACGUUGUUUGUUUAUGAAAACCUAGUUUUUUCGACUUGGAACACACUUACAGGCAACAUUUUAUACGAUGAAACAUGUUUGGUCGUAUAAAAUGUCUCAGCGUAAACCUUUUUUUGAGCUGAUAUUUGACGUUGUUUGUUUAUGGAAACCUAGUGUUUUCGGCUUGGAACACACUUACAGGAGACAAGUUAUACGACGAAACAUGUUUGAUUGUAUAAAAUGUCUCCGCUUACAAAUUUUUGGACUGGUGCUUGAUAUUGCGCGUCUAUCAGAAAAGCAAUGUUUUUGGCUUGCAAGAUCGCCAGCAGAUACAUUUUAUACGAUGAAACAUGUUUGGUCGUAUAAAAAGUCUCCGCGUAAAAGUUGAAAAAAUUUGUUAUAAACCUAGUUUCAUCAAGAUCUGAGAAUUCAAUUCCAUUUUUCAUUACCUAGAUUCAAUUUUUUCUCCAGAAAAAUAACGUCUCUUCCGACGACACCUUCCACUUGAUCCCCAAGGAAACCCUUCUUCAACCCAAAGACGAGAAAGACAUGAAAUCACAGGCCCGGUUGGACGCUCUUCAACGGCGUUUCCAGUCGCGCCGCUUCGGCGGUCAAACGUUUCAGGCCGAUAGAAUCGACCAAACCCGCAUCGGGUUGGUCGAUGAUGAAGUGGAACAGACCUUUAUCGCCGAGGAAUUCAAGGCCGAGGACAGUGCGUUGGGUGAGAUUUUAACACGCUACGAAGCGAAAUUGUACUCAUUAUUUUCCCGACAGACUGAUAAGAACUUUUUGCGCAGGCGUUGGAAUGAACGAGUCGCAUUUGGACGUGAUCCGCGACCUCGCCCAACAAUACGCCGUGAGCCUUCGCCAAAACUUGUUCGAGGCCUCACUGCACUCGAAGCACACGAGAAGUUACGAAUCCCUGGUGCGGGAGGACCCGAUUCCCGCGCUUUUCGACUUUUUCGGCACCCUCUUCCGACCGCCCGACAUAUCGCGCAAAUUGAAGCCGAUGCGAGGCCAACGACCGGCGGCGACGACGAAACAGGCGCGAUAUCGGAUCGUGAUCAACGUGCAGAAUGCGGUGAAUUUGCCGGAAAAAGUGAAUGGCGAGAGCACAAAUGUGUUUGUGGAUGUUUGUUUUAGGGUGAGUGUUGGGGUGGUGUAGGGGCUACUUGAUCUCUGUCUACGCUCUAGAGGUAAUAAGCUCGGCCAAGACCCGAUUAUGCCCACACAAACACUUGGAUUGAAACACAACUAUUUAAUUAUCCGAUACAAGAAACUAAAACCCGAAAGUAACACAAGUCGAUAAAUCAGAAUACAGCGUAGUAAAACGUCGUCCCGUGUGAAACCUCUCACACCGUCUGCCGUUCUGUCCGUCCAAAACUCUGUUCUCCCCAUUGCCACGGAAUGCCAAACUCUCCUUUGGCUUCGCGGUGGGACUAUUUCAACAUGUAGUCAGCUCUUGGUUUCUGUGCACUUUUGCUCUUGAUGUUGUCUGGAUCUUCCAUGGGAUUGUGCCAAGCGCUUCCUCGUUAUCCUGAACUGGUGUUAGGUGUAUUGACGCCGUUCCCGGGUCGUACUCCUUGUAAACUUCGAUUUGCAGAAAAAGCACGCACAAACCGCCCCAGUCGAAGGACGCUACGCGAACUGGCAGGAAACGCUCAUUUUAGAGUUAGAAAGCGACAACGAUCUCCACUUUGAGAUGGCCUACAUCAAUGAGAUGAUUGAGUUCCGUCUCUACGAUCGUUGCGUGAGCCCGUUGGCGCGCGACAACCGCGAAAUCAACACCAUUCACGAGCAAUGGGAGAACAAGUGGCUCGGCGACGUCUUCAUCCCGUUCUCGGCGGUCUUCACGCAAGGAAAGCUGGAUGGAGCGAUGAGUGUGAGAAGGCCCGCGUUUUAUACGGACUACAAGUAGGUGUUGGUGGCGCGAAAUCUCGGAAUUUUUUUGAAGCAAAACAAAAGAUUUUCGAAAAAUAAUUUUAGACUUCAAAUUUUUUUUAUAAAAGAUUAAAAUAUUCUUUUUAUAGAAAGUAAAAAUAUAUUUUUUUCAGAAAUUUCGAUCGAACUUGUCAACUCAAAGUUUUGGUCACAAUAGACCCGCCAUUGCUGCCGCCAAAAUUGGUCUUCAACAAUUUCUUCUCGACAACUGUGGCAUCCGAGGUAAUUCGAAAGCAAUGAAACCUACAACAAACUUUUUCACAACUAGAACCUCUCUGUUUUUUCGAUGCACAGUGCAAACGGCUUUUUUGGGGUUUGCUCGCACCGCCUUUUCUGCAUAGUUCAAGCGCCAAAAAUCAGUUCGGCGACUUUCCUGAAGGACCGCUUCACGGCAACCCGAAGUGUUUCCUGGCUCCUUUCGACACUUCGCCCAUUUUGUAUCGGUUGAAAUCAAACAAAAUGUCACAAAAGAAUUUUUCGUGGGAUUUUCCGACCGAAAAUUAUUUUUCUCGGAAUUAUUUUAUUUCUUCUGUCAAUUUUGACACUUCGUUUGGACGAAACUCAAAAUUGGGCGAGAAACAUUUUUCUUCUAUCAGUCUGUCGGGAAAAUAACGGCGGAUCGUCGCGCCUCGGAAUCGCCCAUCAUCGCUUUGCGACUGCAAGCCGCGGUUGGGGAUUUGGUGCGCGAUAGCGGCGAGGCGAGACAUUUUGCUGCGACGAUCCGCCGUUAUUUUUCCGACAGACCGAUAUUUCGGGUUGCCGUGCGCUUGUAUAACGAAUAAUUUUCUUUGACCUUUGCAAUUCAUUAUACAGAGGUUUGACUACAUUUCCAACACUUACGACUGUCGCAUUUUACUUCAAAAAAAAUUUUUUUUAGUUUCUCUCCGACGUCCAAAAAUGGGAAGAGAAGUUGUUGGAGAGAAACCCCGACCGCUUCUACCGCGCAAUCGUCAGCGAUACGAACGGAAAGCCGGUGCUCAUCUCGCAGUUCAUUCAUCCAGUUGUACCCCCGCACAUUCUUCGGCAUGUGGAUUCGUCGAGUCCGGACGAGGCGUUGAAAGCGGUGCGAUUGGCGGCUCAUGUUGUUUCGUGUGUCCCAUUCUUGACUCAUCCCGUCAUCUACGCCCAUCUGUGCGAUGUCUGGAUGACGGUGGAUCAGGUGGGUGAACAGGAGGAGAAAAAUCAGUCUGUCGGGAAAAUAAUGAGCAAUCUGUCGCAGCAAAAAUCGCAUCGCCGCCGAGAAAAUGAAUUGUGUCGCGACAAAAUCAAAUUGCUUUUCACUUCAGCGACGCGCUCGGCGUAACGAAAUUUUGCUCAUUAUUUUCCCGACAGAGUGAUAUUACUAACAUAAAGGUUUGUCUUGAAAAUAAUGUGGAUUUGUCGCCACAAAAAUUGCAUCGCCGACGUCUCGUCGCAAUCGCGCACCAAAUCCCAAGCCGCAACUAGCCCUCGCCAAGCGAUGUUGAGAGAUCCCAAGGCGCGAAAAAUCCACAUUAUUUUCCCGACAGACUGACAUUAUUAUAGAAUUUUUAUAAAGUGCAUGGACAUUUUGUCGCGGUCCGCACCGUGCACAAAACCCCCUCAUUCUGCACAGUGCAUUUCACAUUCUAUUGGUUUUUGCACUGUGCAUCGAAAUAUCGCUGCGGCAUAAUCAAGUUUCAGCCACGUCGCUGGGUGUGGAAUUUGCACAGUGCAAACGGCUUUUUCGAUUUUUGCACUGUUCGAAAAGAGAAAAUGCGCUGUGCAUUGGCGACAAGCGUGGGAAAAAGUUCAAAAUGCACUGUGCGAAAAAGAAAAAAUUCACAGUUUCCCACGCUUGUCGCCAAUGCACAGUGCGUUUGUUCGCUGGGAAUUUGCACAGUGCAAACUGCUUUUUUGAGGUUUGCACUGUGCAAAAAGAGAAAAUGCACUGUGCAUUGGCGACAAGCGUGGGAAAAAGUUCAAAAUGCACUGUGCGAAAAGAGAAAAAAAUGUUCCACGCUUGUCGCCAACGCACAGUGCAUUUUUUUCUUUUUUUUUUGCACAGUGCAUUUUUUCAAUUUACUUUUUUUUAAUAUCGGUCUGUCGGGAAAAUAAUGGCGGAUCGUCGCGCCUGGGAAUCGCUCAUCAUCGCUCUGCGAUUGCAAGCCGCGGCAUGGGAUUUGGUGCGCGAUAGCGGCGAGGCGAGACAUUUUGAUGCGGCGAUCCGCCGUUAUUUUUCCGACAGACUGAUAAAAAAGUAAUUCCAGAUGCUGACAAUAGGCUGUGGCUCGACGGAAGAGCACGCGGUAUUGCUGUGCAAUUGGCUUCUGGGCAUGGGUUUCCAGGCAUUUCUCUUGCUGGGCACGGGCCUUCCCCAAAGCGUGAACACGGCCUUUGUUUACGUGGAGAUUCCGGGAUAUGCGGCGAUCCUGAUCGACCCCAGUGAUGGCAGCUAUUACUUGACGACUGACACUACUUGCACGCUGAAUAAUAUUUAUGUCAUCGCAACCCCGACCAAUGUUUUUGGGAAUCUGCAGACGGAGAAACAAGUGGUUUUGACCGAUUUUAAUAUCAAGGUAAGGGAAUGGAUUUUUUGUCAAAAAUGUGGACGAAUAUUUACUUUUGAGAUUUUUAAAACUUGUUUUACUGCAUUUCAGAGACUUUUAGGUGGAAAAAACGUCAAAUUUUUUGGAUAAAAAAUUAGUUUAGGGAGGAAAACGUAAAUACGGAAUGCGGAAAAAAGUUCAGGUUUUGAUGAAACAAGGGAAAAAAAUUUUAAUUAGAACAUCAUAAUCGGAUUUUUUACUAUGUUUUUUGCUAAAAUUUAUGAGACUUUUUGAAAAAAAUCCAAAAAAUUUUUUUUGAAUUUUGAUUUUUUGGAAUGAAAAAAUCUCUCCUACAAAUCAGGACCACAGUAUUUCUGCACAAACUUAAUCUUUCCGAACGAAAUUCGCUGAGAAACAAGAAAAAAUAUAUUUUUUUUGUCUGGCCGACUCUCCUCUUUUUGUGUGCUUUCUCUGGAGAAGAUUUCAUCAUAACUCAGCUGCAGGUGAAAAAUACGAUCUAAAAUUUUCAAGAACUAAUCAGUGCCCUAGAUAGAAAAUGCAUGCUAAGUUUGAAAAAAAUAGGAACGAAAAGACUUGGAGUAGGUACCAUCUUUAUACAUACUGCAACUAGGCCCAAAAAAAUUUCGUUUUUAACAAAACGAUGUCGUAUUUCAGCGCCGCUCAUGUUGGGAGCCCCUUUUUGCCUCUAACCGAACUCCGCCGCCCACAGUUCAGAAGGAUUCGCUGGUCUACACGGAAGUGAGCGAGGACGUUGUAAUGGAGCUAAGGGGCUCCUUGGAACGAGAAAUUCGACUCAAAUUCGAUCAGAGUCGGCCUUACGGAAUUCCGCAGUGGAAUGUGCUCGCCUCCAGGUAAAUUUUUGUUCAUUUUCUUACUUAUUUUCAAGCCUAUAUAAGGCGUUUUAUCAGUUUUGAAAAUUUUUACCUCAAUUGUCAUGGAUAAUAUAAAAAAUGGCUCUAAUUUCAAAACCAGAGAAAGCUAUGGAUUCAAAUUUUGCGCAAUAAUUUUAGAGCCCUUCGAGAAGUCCUAAUUUACAUUUCGACGAAUUUGGACGAACCGCCGGAGAUCAAGGACAAGUUUCGCUCGCUCGGUCUCAAUUACAAUGUUUGCGCCGUCGGCAUUCGAAAAGGCUAUCAAAACAGACAACAACUGGUCGACGAUGUCAUGAACACCCAAAUCCACGUGAAUGCCAACAGUUCCGCGCAAUUUGCUUUCGCGGUUCAUGUGCAACCCUUCUUCAACAAAAUUGUUAGCGUUUCUGUGGCUAUCGCCAGCUUAAACUUGCCGUAUUAAAUAGUAUUUGUGUUGCAAAACGUUGAUAAAAUUAUAAAUACCCUUUUCUGACUCUCAUCUCUAUUUUUGACACGACAAAACUUUAAAAAAUCGAGAAACCGGAGAUUUUUUAGAUUCUCACCACGAAAACAAUGAAUGCCAAUGGAAUAUUGCAGAAUGCCAAGGAAAUUUUCUCCCGCGCGUUUCUGAGAUCAUGGAUAACAAAAAUUUGUCCAGCCGAGUCUGGAGUUCUUUUUAGGCAGAGGAAAUAAACUGAAAUUAGAUAUUUCACUUAAUAUUUAAUUUUUUUAGUAUGACCAUCUUCAAGUACACUUGAUUUCAGGGUUCCUAACCUUUAUGGGCGGAAGAGACGACCGAAGACACAGAUCCUCAAGAUCUCCUAGAGGUAAGAGUUUAUUUUUCUCUUUCUGCUUUUAGGUUCUUCACUGAAGAUUUUUAUAUUAUCCAUGAUGUAUAAUAUAAUUCAGAUCGUCGUCGUUCUCCACCUCGACGGAGAAGUCGUUCGCCUAAAAGGCGAAGCCGUUCACCUCGGAAUCGACGGGAAGACCGGCACCGGCGUCGUUCCCCAGAAGCGACGUCAAGCCGGAAAGCGCGAGACGAACGCCCGGUAAAACGCGAGCGAAGGAGUAGGACACCAGAACAAGAGGAAGAGAAGCCGAAACCAGCCCCCAAAGCACGAGAAUUCGAUCCUCUGACCGGUGAAGAGCGACGCCCUGAGCAGAAUAAUGAGCCGGUUGUGUUGCCGUCGUUCGAAGUUUCUGGGAAAUUAACUGCGGACACAAACACCUUCAAAGGCGUGGUUAUCAAAUAUAAUGAACCUCCGGAGGCGGCGUUGCCUAAAUUAAGGUGGAUGCUCUAUUGUAUGAAGGUUGGUUGAGUUUUAUUUUUGAUUUUUCUUGCUUUUAGAUACAAGAAAUCGACUCUCACUUUGUAAUUGCACUUCCAUCUAAAAUGAUAUUAUUUUAGGGAGAAGAUGUGAUGAAGCCCUUCUAUAUGCAUCGUCAAUCCGCUUAUUUGAUCGGAAGGAACCGCAAAAUAGCCGAUUUUCCUGUUGAUCAUCCCUCUUGUUCGCAACAACACGCCGUCCUUCAAUAUCGAAAAAUGGACUUUGAGAGGAAUGGAAUGCCCGGAAAAAGAACUCUCCCGUACAUUAUAGAUCUUGGCUCAUCGAAUGGGACUUUUUUGAAUGGCGACAAAAUUGAACCUCAAAGAUAUUACGAGCUGAAAGAGAAGGAUAUCGUCAAGUUUGGGUUCUCCAGCCGCGAAUAUGUUGUUCUCCAUGAGUUGUCGGCCGAAGGCAGGGAAGGAGCGAGAGUUGACGAAGAAUUCGAAGGCGGAAGUGAUGUUGAAGUGGAUCUAGAAGGUGCAGAAGAGCGUUUGGCUAAGGCCGAGGAGGAUUACUUUUGA